AUGAGGACUUCUUUGCAUUUCGCCGGCCCCGAAGCCUCCUUCUCUCACCAAGCAGCCAUCGAAGUCUUCUCUCCGUCAACAAACACACUGCACCCACUCCCCUCCUUCUCAGCAAUCUUUUCCGCCAUACAGAUCUCCACACAUGACUUCGCAGUCAUACCCAUAGAAAACAGCACCAACGGCUCCGUCGUGCAAGUCCUCGACCUUCUCUCCCAGUGCGGCCUCGACUCGUCAGCCCAGUUCCCGGACAUCGAAGUCGUAGCAGAAUACUACCUCCCCGUCCACCACUGUCUGUUUGUCGCCCAAAACUCCGACUCCUCAAGUAAAGAGAUACGCACAAUCUAUACCCACCCACAAGUUUGGGGCCAAUGUAACAGAUACCUGUCCGCGCACUUCCCGCCCAACCAGGUCGAGCGCAUCGACGUAGGCAGUACGUCGGCCGCAGCACAGCUAGUCUCGCGGGAGACGAAUGGCAGCAAUGCAGCAAUCGCAUCAAAGCUCGCAGGCCAAAGGCACAACCUGGUAUGUCUGGCCGAAAACAUCGAGGACGAGCCUGGGUCGAAUACCACGAGAUUCUUCGUUGUGCGGAACCGCAACAGCAAGCACCCCCGGACAACAGGCCUAGAACAAUAUCUCUCCUCCAGAACAGGACAGAACCAGAGAUAUAAGUCGCUUAUAACAUUUACGAUCCCUCAUACCAAGCCAGGUGCAUUAGCUGAUGCACUGGCUGUGUUCAAGCAAUAUCACUUUAACCUGACGAGUAUCGAUACCAGGCCUAGUCGGAAGCGGAACUGGCAAUACGUCUUCUUCGUCGAAUGCGAGGAGGCGGACAAUGGGGCCACUAGAGGUAUACAUGCAGAGGAGGGGAACCUCCAGAGACUGUUGGCAGAUCUGCAACGGUUCACAGAGAGCCUGCAACAUCUUGGAAGAUUUCAGGAUCAGUUACAGAGAGAAGACGGAAUACAAAGCAAAACCUGA